GCUGUCCUUAACCAAGAACUCUCACCUGUCCUUCACCGCCGCUGUAACUGUCACUCUUUUUUUCGUCUCUCGGUUUUCCAACGCCAGUCAUCGGUCUGUAUGGCCGUGCAUUCGAUCCGUUUGUCUCCGGGCAAGGAUCGCUUUUCCCUCUGUCGGGCAUUCGGAUUCGGAGGACGAAGUUCUUUGAGUUUUUUCUCGAAAGUGUCUGGCUCCUGAUUUCCAAACGAAAAAGUAUCCCUCUGGGGGUUCUUUGGGAAAGACGCUGCGCGGCUUCAGAGACACCCAAUUUCUCGUCUUGCCUGUCUCACCAAUUUUUGUCACGGCGUAUUGUUCCAGAUCCGCUAUGUUGUCGUCUCUAAGCUACCCCCAAAACUCUUUCACUGCCUCUUCACCAGCGUUCUGGCGAAAAGAUCCCGAGAAGCUGUAAACCACAACCGAGCGGGAGGAGGACAGUUGUGUCGGAUGUAUAUUAUCCACUUUUCAAUUCAAUCGUCUCGUCCUACAUCUCUCACGUACAUUGAUACGCUAAAGUACACCUCUGCCUGGCUGCGCAUCUGCAGACGUAUAAACAGACAGAUGCGCAGCUAACUCUGUCUCUCUCUCUCUCCCUAUAUAUAUAUAUAUAUAUAUAUGUAGGUAUGUGAAUGCGCACGUGUUUUCUUCUACUUUCCAGUAGUGACCUGAAACGGUCCUAGGGUGGCGUUUUUUUUGUUGGCGUGUCUCUCACUUCUCCUCGGACCUCGUUUUUUUCCGGAAUCUCUUGCCCUAAGCGUUCGUGACGCGUCUCGAGUAUGGCGGACGCGGGAGACGAGGGAGAUGCCCUCAGGGCAAAUGCAGGAGAGUCACCCAGACCAUUUCCAGAAAGUGCCAAUGGCGGCAUGGAGAGCCUAACUGACGAAGAAGAUUUCUUGAACAAGACUCCGACCGGUGACGUCAAUCCGGAAGACCUACAAGAAGAGAGAGCGGAGAGAGAAGGCGAUGUGGAGACGCGAAGCCACGAACCCCCCAGUGGCCUUUUCGGAGACGAACGCGACGAGAUAGAACUGGGGGGUACGGAGCGCGAGGUGUCCAGGGAGGAGGCGCGCCGUCUGAAGAAGGAAAAGAAGAAGAGAAAGAAGGAGAAGAAGGAGAAGAAGGAGAAGAAGAAAAAGAGAAAGCGUGACCAGGAGGGCGACGAUGGAGAAGCCGAGCGAGAGAAGGCAAGAUUAGGUGGACAAAACUCAGGCUUCCUGGACGACGACGACGAGACGCUUGGAGGGUUCAUUGAAAGAGAUCCUGAGGCAGCUAUCCACGAAGCUGAAGACGAACGGAUUCACGUACAAGGAGGAAUUAACAGCGAUAACGACCGCUCCGACAUCGAAGACUACGGAGAACACGAAGGAACGCACCGUCCGCUCACGGAGUUUGACAAGACUCUUGAGAGAAUGCGGCAAAGGAAACGACGAAGACAACCGUUGUCUGACCAAGACUGUCAGGCGUACUGCAACUCUCUCCUUCAACAAAUGUCCGAUGCCUCCACUCACGAUGAAAAGGCGCUCGAGGAAGGAAAACCCGCGACGGCGAAGCUUGAGAUGCUGGACCGCGUUUGCACCGAGCUCGUGAAACCUAAGUGGAGAAGUUGGUUUCUAACGGAAGGCUGCUGCCAAUGCAUCGCCACCUGGCUCGCGCCCUUCAAAGACAACACGCUGUCGAACUUUACGCUGCGAAACCGUCUCCUCCACGUUCUCAUGAAACUCCCCAUCUCUAGCCAGGAACUGAUGAACAACGACCUCGGAAGGGUCUUGGUUCUUCUCUGGCACCACCCCGACGAAAGCGACGAAAACCGCGUUCUGAUCCGCCAGCUCAUCCAGCGCUGGACGCGGCCCAUGCUGGGGCUGGGCUCCAGCCACCGUGAAUUCCUUCAAGAGCGGGAUCGUGCUUUCGAGGCAAACGAUGCGGAUAUUCAGCAGAAACUAAUUGCGGCGGCGAAGGCAUUGCAAGCAGCGCGUCCUCCUGCCGACGAUCCGGAGGAGGCGCGACGACGACAUGCGCGAAUCCCAGUCAAUUCUGGCCACAACUUCAUCAUUCAACCCAAGUCGGAUGUGAACAGCAACGAGCAGCCGCGGAGUCGAGAGGCGGGAGGCUCACAAAACGCGCGAAGUCUUCACCGUUUCAUGGAUGCACGAUCAGUUCGGAAGCCGACCAGAGCGCAGAAGGUUUCAAUUGAAGGACGUGGCCUCUAGGUCCCUUCGCUUUGUUCGCAUCGUUUCUCUUAUUUGUCCUUUUUAUAUUCCAUGUUCUGUACACGUUUCGUGUGGUCAGGUCCUCGCUUCUCGUGGGUGGAAGUGUUCCGCGGAUCGGGUCUGUAUCCGCCGAUUCUCAUCGUUCUGUUCCUCAAGAUCUUCCUUUCCAUAUUUCUACGAGCAACCUGGGUCUGUGUUUAUUUCUCUUUCUCGCGUAUGUCGCGUUUCUUGCUCUUUUAAUAGCUUGCUUCUUCUCUGGCAGGUACCUGUCCGAGAAAUAUGAGGUCACUUUUAGGUUCGUGCAUCCUUUGUGCCGAGGAAAAAGUGCAUGGUGUGUGUCUGUAUUGGACGACUAAUUCACGGUUGUUGCCAAGGUUCCUUGACUUGCAGCGAACGCGCGUCAACCCUUGCCUUAGGAUCACACGCACACUUACACUCGUUCUAGGCCAGAGCGACUUCAGAGAGUUGCUUUUCUGCUUUCUCUCCGGAUACAGUUAUUCGGCUGGCACUGCGGUGCAGACUUACGAGGCUCGACGUUCGUAUCUACUUUUACAUUUGCACCUGAAUUCGUACCGCUCUUCAUUCUGCUGACACUGUAGUCUGCAUCGGCAUUCAUACCCAAUCGCCGUUCUUCAGAGAUUAGCCGGAUGGUCUUUUCACCGUUUCGGUUUUUCGAAGACACAUUGAUAAAGUGGUCUGCCUGCUCUGGAUGUCAAGAGCCCUCUAUGGUCCGUGGCGCUUCCUUGUUUGUGAAUGGCGUGCCGUGGGAGACAGAAUGAGACAGGCUCACCGAUGGAAAGCACCGGUCUUUUGAGUCUUUUGAUGAGAUGAUUUAUCGAAGGGACUGACAGGCACGAGGACCGUAGAUUGUCCGGCUGUUCCCUUACUAUCGUCUCGUAUUACCUUUUUCUCUGCCUCACGAUGAGCUCUACUGGGAUCUCAACGAAAAAAGUGGACCUCCCGUGAGUGAUGCACAGCAGUGAGGCGAAUGAACAUAGGCUCCGUGUUUUACGACACACUUGAGCCUAGCGGAUAUUGGGUUUGUGUUUAGUUGAUUGCUGUGCACGGCGUCACCACUUUCCUGAUCGCCGCAACAUGUUCUGAGAGACUUCGCUGCGUUGUCUGUCUAUGGGACGUGUUAGGUCUCAGUCAGUCCACUCGAUUUUGUAUUUUUAGCGAAACUACCGAUAUGAACUAGCCGGAGUUUCACUGGUUGAAGGAGUUGGC